GAAAUAAAUACAGAUAAUACCAGUGAUGUGUUAAGCCACUCUCACAAAAUAGUGGAUAGUAUUUUGGAUACACUAGAAAAAUGGGUCAAGGAAGAACAGGAACUCAAGGUAGAUAAUGGGGAAGAAAUAGAUAAUGGGUUUGAGUCUGAUGGGAAUAAUGAUGAAGUAAAAGCUUACAUCUUCGAUGAAAAUGGCAAUCUAAAAGCUGAAGUAGAAGUAGCAGAAGUAGAAUCAGUACUGCAAAACUUUAGAGAGGAGGAAAUGAUGAAUGAAGGGGGUAGAAAUAGUAACGAGGUGAAAGAAUCUAGUAGCUGUGUAAACGUGCCACAAAUGGUUGAAGGUGACGACAUUCUUAUGAACAGCAAUAUUGCGCAGGGACGCAGUUGCUCAGAGGUAGAGGAUAGUUUGGCUGAUGUGCAGCAAACAAAAGUAGAAAAAGUCGUCAGAUGCUUCGAUUUAAAGUUAGUGGACAGAUUAGAGAAAGCAGCUAAGAUUAUAGAGCAUGAUGAGCCCCAGGAUGUAAAUGUAAAUGUAAUUGCAACUGAUCAGAAUUACUUUAGCUGGAAGAACAUAGAACGAGAUUUAUUAGACGAGGUGUGUGAGCAACCUGUUCAAUGUAAAAUAACUCACCCUGUUAUCAAAGUAAACAUAUCAGGAGUCACUGUGCGUUGUCUGCUUGACAGUGGCAGUGAAGCAAGUGCUUUAUCACAAACAUUUUUUGACACCAUACCCAAUAAAGAGAAGUUAACAGUUAUGAAAGUAAGUGGCUUAAAGAUUAUAGGUGCUACUGGAAAAGUCUCUAGACCAGUUCAACACGAAGCUUUGAUACCCAUUGGUAUAAAUGACGUAGUAAUAGAUCAUCCUUGUUUGAUUGUGCUAGGCUUAAGUGUUGAUAUGUUGAUUGGUACUGAUUUCUUAUCAAAGUACCAGGGAAAGAUCAAUUUUGAUCAGAACAACUUAAUUUUAACUUUACCUGACUCUAAAGUGAUAAGAGAGUCUUUUAUAGGAAUACUGUAGGGAGUCUGCCACUCUUUGGCGGAUACACGGUUUGGCGUACCGUGCAGUCCCAGCUGGGUGAAACUUUAUUUCCUUUUCAAGUUUCAUUCCCUUCUUCUGGUCUAUCAUAACAGGUAAGAAUCACAUAUGUCUUCAUGUUGUAUAUAUGCUAUUAGGUUUUAAGUAUUCUUAGUAAGGAUCUACCUAGUGAAUGGCAAAACAAAAGUCUGAGUACCAAUAAGAGGCAAACAUGGCUAAAAUAAAUAAAUUAAAAUAUUUCAUGUAAUUGUAAAGGGUUAGAAACUACAACUAAGAGAGACACUUUGCAGUAUACGAAGUACGGUAUGAAUAUGAAUAAUCCAUGAGAUUAUGCAGAAGGUAGUAUGUUGCUAGAAAUAAGGUUGUCUGAAGGAAAACAGCGUAAGAAGGUAAUGCUCAUAGAGGCAAGCAAUGGCGUUUUAGAAUUAAAUAAAUGGAGAUGUGUGGAAGUGGUGUGAGGAUCGCACCAAAUAUAUAGAAACAGGACGUCAAUAGGCUGACAAAAGGAAAAGGGAGAAAGAAGUGGAGAAAUGAAGUAUUUUGAAUCUGGAAGAAAA